AGAAAGUCAAAGCAUUCGUUACUAAAAGCAUCUUUUAAAAACUGAACUAACUAUACACGUCACCAGUGCAACGAAAAAUAGUGUUUUGUUUUCUUCCAACAUGAAACAGUUGAAAACGACGGGUUAUUCAGCUCUGCUACUAUUCCUAUUAUGUUUAACUUCGACUCAUGGCUUUCUCGAAACGAACCGAAACUCCAUACGGGAACGCCAAACCGGCGUUCGCAAAAAUGACGUCAACGACCGAAAUUUUUUUGGAAGCACUUGGCAACGAUCUUACGCAACGUCGGACGAAAGAAGAGACGUUCGCGACAAUACCUCGAAUAAUAGACUUUUCAGACUGCUCCCUCAAGAGAAUUCUCGUCAAGGAGACGACAGGGUGAUACGAAACCAGAGGUUCUCGUCUGGGAAGGAGAAUGACAGGGAGUCUCGUCUUAGCAACUCGAUUGACAGGCGAGUUUCUAGUGAAAGACGAGACGCUCGGGUCAUUUCCUUCGACCGGAUGAGAGUCGAUGGUGUGACUGACAGACGACGAGAAAUUCGUUCAAUUCCAUCAAGAUCCAACCGACUUCGGGUGAACGAUUUUCGUCAAAUCCGAGACCGCCUUUCCGGGGAAAAUGAUCGCCGUGUUUCUGAUGUCCGAGAAGACGAAAGAGACUUUAGAAACAACUUUGAACAAAGAAGAGAAACCAGAAUUGAAGAGAAUGAUCGGCGUGCUUCCACUACCAGAAACAACGAACGAGAAAUCAGAUCACUGGAAGACCGAAGAAACGACUCGGGUCGACGAAUCAGGUCAGCCCGGAACGUUGAACGAGACACUGACAGUGAUCGUGAAUCUCGCCAAGUCAACAGACGGGUUCUAGUAGAACGACGAGAAGAUAAAGAAUCUCGACAACUUAGCAGACGAGAAGUUAGAUCAUCGUCAUCCGACAACACCUAUUCCAGGCGUCAACUUGCUACCACUCAAAACGAUCGAGAAAAUCGUCAACUUAACAGGCGCGUUGCGACGGAGCGACGAGAAGUUCGAGAAAAUGAUCGAGAAUCUCGUCAACUAACCAGGCGAGACGUUCGAUCCGUUGGCUCAGACAGAUCAAGAUUCGUCGACAACGAGCGCGUUUCAGACUCAGUCAGUGACAGGAGGCGCGAAGUUCGAUCAACUUCUCCACGAGAAAAUGACCAAAAUUCUCGUCAACUGAACGACCGGCGUCAAGAAAGAUCAAGAACUGUUGACAAUAUUGAACGUCGGGUUUCCAACGAAAGACGCGAAAAUGAAAAAAUGUCGCGUCAACUUGACGACAGAAGACGAGAAGUUCGUGCAAUUUCUCUGGACCGACGAGCCUCACUUUCACGAGAAGAAUCUCGAGAACACCGUCAACUGGAAAGACGAGAAGUUGAUAGGUCUAGAAACAUGCUUCGAUCUCGCCAAUUCUCUACCUCUCCCGACGACAGAAGGCGUGAAGUUCGAUCAACUUCUAGACGAGAAAAUGACCAAAGUUCUCGUCAACUAGACGACAGGCGUCAAGAAACAUCUAGAACCGUUGACAAUAUUGAACGUCGACUUUCCAACGAAAGACGCGAAAAUGAAAAAUUGUCGCGUCAACUUGACAACGACAGAAGACGAGAAGUUCGUGCAAUUUCUCUGGACCGACGAGCCUCACUUUCACGAGAAGAAUCUCGAGAACACCGUCAACUGGAAAGGCAAGAAGUUGACAGAUCUAGAAACAUGCUUCGAUCUCGCCAGUUCUCUAGCUCUCCAGACGACAGAAGGCGUGAGAUUCGCUCAACUUCUAGACGAGAAAAUGACCAAAGUUCCCGUCAACUGGACGACAGGCGUCAAGAAAGAUCUAGAAUCGUUGAUAAUAUUGAACGUCGGGUUUCCAACGAAAGACGCGAAAAUGAAAGAAUGUCGCGUCAACUUGACAACGAUAAAAGACGAGAAGUUCGUGCAGUUUCUCUGGACCGACGAGCCUCACUUUCCCGAGAAGAAUCUCGAGAACACCGUCAACAGGAAAGGCGAGAAGUUGACAGGUCUAGAAACAUGUUGCGAUCUCGUCAAUUCUCUAGCUCUCCCAACGACAGAAGGCGUGAAGUUCGAUCAAUUUCGAGACGAGAAAAUGACCAAAGUUCUCGUCAACUGGACGACAGGCGUCAAGAAAGAUCUAGAACCGUUGACAAUAUUGAUCGUCGGGUUUCCAACGAAAGACGAGAAAAUGAAAGAAUGUCUCGUCAACUUGACAACGAUAGAAGACGAGAAGUUCGUGCAAUUUCUCCGGACCGACGAGCCUCACUUUCACGAGAAGAAUCUCGAGAACACCGUCAACUGGAAAGGCAAGAAGUUGACAGAUCUAGAAACAUGCUUCGAUCUCGCCAGUUCUCUAGCUCUCCCGACGACAGAAGGCGUGAAGUUCGAUCAAUUUCGAGACGAGAAAAUGACCAAAGUUCUCGUCAACUGGACGACAGGCGUCAAGAAAGAUCUAGAACCGUUGACAAUAUUGAUCGUCGGGUUUCCAACGAAAGACGAGAAAAUGAAAGAAUGUCUCGUCAACUUGACAACGAUAGAAGACGAGAAGUUCGUGCAAUUUCUCUGGACCGACGAUCCUUACUUUCACGAGAAGAAUCUCGAGAACACCGUCAACUGGAAAGACGAGAAGUUGACAGGUCUAGAAACAUGCUCCGAUCUCGCCAAUUCUCUACCUCUCCCGACGACAGAAGGCGUGAAGUUCGAUCAACUUCUAGACGAGAAAAUGACCAAAGUUUCCGUCAACUGACCGACAGGCGUCAACAAAGAUCAAGAACCGUUGACGAUAUUGAACGUCGGGUUUCCAACGAAAGACGAGAAAAUGAAAGAAUGUCUCGUCAACUUGGUGAUAGAACAGCACAAAUUCGAAGACAAAUUCGAUCCACUUCUCUGGACCGAAAGCUCGCUUCGCUCGAUAGAUCCCGAGACUCCGGCCGAGUUUUAACUGAAAAACGAGACCGAUCAACUCCCGUCGACUCUGACAGACGACGUGAAGUUCGCUCGCUUUCCUCCGAUCGUGUUUCAGAUUUACGGGACAUCCGUGUCUUGGAAAGGCGUCUCACCCGCGAAGACGAUCGUCGCAGCAGCGAUGCAACUCGUCGCAUUUUAACUUUGUCUUCCAAAGAUGAAAACAACAACUUCGCACGCACCGAUAAGAGACAAUCAAUUCCAGAAGAAAGAAGAAUGGCCACUUCUUUCAGGACAGACGUUAACUACAUUCCAGGGUUGAAAUCUGGUUCCAUUUUCAACGCAGCUCAACUUGUGCUGCUUUCGCUCCUCGUCGCCCAAGUUGUGAGUAACUCUUCGAAAGCUAAGAAGAAUUGGUUUCUUGAGAAUAACUUCGUGACCGUCACUAAGGAAAAGGUACUUUAAAUUAAAGGUUCCUCGAAAAAUCUAUUGAAGAUUAUUUGUUAUUGGAGAUUUUAGCAUCUAUUUUGUUACACUGGCCACAAGAUUUUCAACUGCAAGGACUCUAAUAUGACAACCGCUAUGCUCUUUGUACCUUCUCUGUAGGUUAAAGUAGCAAAAGUAGUAGUAAUUAAAUCUGUAUAAGUAUGCUAAAUUCUAUUAAAGCUGUGUAUAGUCUAUGUAGUAAGAAAUAGCAAAUAAAAUGAUUA